AUGGCGGCCUUCAGUAAAUAUCUGACGGCGAAAAACUCCUCCAUAGCGGGCGGUAUUUUGUUGGUUUUAUACUUGCUGAAACACAGAAGACGGGCACCCAAACAGGCCGGAAAAAAAGGAAGCUCCGCUGAGCUCCUGCUGAGCAUUGAGAAGGAUGGCAGGAAAGACCGUGCAGCAGUGGACAAGGUUUUCUUCCUCAGAAUCCUCCAGAUACUGCGGAUCAUGGUACCUCGAUUUAUCUGCAUGGAGACUGGGUACCUUGUCUUUAUUGCUGCAAUGCUGGUGGCCAGGACCUACUGUGACGUAUGGAUGAUCCAGAACGGCACCAUGAUUGAAAGUGCAAUUAUUGGACGCUCAACAAAAGAUUUCAAGGUCUUCUUGUUCAGCUUUAUCAAAUUCAUGCCACUUAUAGCCUUGGUGAACAACUUCUUGAAGUUGGGUCUAAAUGAGCUGAAGCUGAGGUUCCGUGAGAGGCUCACCAAGAACUUGUACGACCAGUACCUACUAGGUUUCACCUUCUACAAGAUGGGAAACCUGGAUAACCGGAUAGCCAAUGCUGACCAGCUACUGACACAGGAUGUGGAGAAAUUCUGCAACAGUGUGGUUGACCUUUACUCCAACCUCAGCAAGCCUCUCUUAGAUAUUGGUCUCUACCUCUUCAAGCUGACAAGUGCCAUCGGGGCUCAGGGCCCAGCCAUCAUGAUGGCCUACCUGUUGAUCUCAGGUCUGUUCCUGACCAGACUGAGGAGGCCAAUAGGCAAGAUGACCGUCACUGAACAGCGCUACGAGGGAGAGUACCGCUAUGUCAACUCCCGCCUCAUUACCAAUAGUGAAGAGAUUGCCUUCUAUAAUGGGAACCUGAGGGAAAAACAGACCAUUCAUGCCACAUUCAAGAAACUGGUGGACCACUUGCAUAACUUCAUAUUCUUUCGUUUCUCCAUGGGAUUUGUGGACAGCAUAAUUGCCAAGUAUAUUGCCACUGUGGUGGGCUACCUGGUUGUAAGCCGGCCAUUCCUAAACUUGUCACACCCCCGACACCUGCACAGCUCACACAAUGAGUUGCUGGAGGACUACUACCAAAGUGGGAGGAUGCUCCUGAGGAUGUCCCAGGCCCUGGGCAGGAUUGUUCUUGCUGGCAGAGAGAUGACCCGUCUCUCGGGAUUUACAGCUCGUAUCACUGAACUGAUGAAAGUCCUGAAGGAGCUGAAUGCUGGCAAAUAUGAACGCACUAUGGUUUCCCAUCCAGAGAAAGAGUCAGACGAUGCAGAGAAAAUCUUAUUGGUACCUGGAAGUGGUCAGAUUAUCAACAGAGAUAACAUCAUCAAAUUUGACCAUACCCCCCUUGCAACACCCAACGGAGACAUCUUGAUCAAAGACCUCACAUUUGAGGUGAGGUCUGGCACGAAUGUUCUUGUUUGCGGACCAAAUGGCUGUGGAAAGAGCUCGCUUUUCCGAGCGCUUGGAGAGCUGUGGCCUCUAUUUGGUGGACACCUGACAAAACCUGAGAGAGGGAAACUCUUCUACGUGCCACAGGGGUUGCCAAACUACGGCCCGUGGGCCGACUCCGGCCCCCCAUCGCCGCCCCCCACAAUUUGAACCGGCCUUAUGAGGCAAUCCCCAAAAGUGGUCAUGGCCUAUUUGUUAAAAUUGCUUUUUGGCAAAUGAUAACAUGUCUGCAUCUUGUAUUUUGUUGAUUUUAUCAAUUAAACUUGAUACUUAAUUAUAAAAAUGAACUAUUCAUAUUUUCCGAAUUUUCACGAGAUCAAGCAGCGCAAGCGCAGAGAACUGUCAGUGUUCAGCAAAAUGGCUAGCAGUAAGCGAAAAGUAGACAGAGAGUGCAGAGUUUUUAAAGAACAGUGGACCAACAAUUAUUUUUUCGUUCAGUGUAAGGACAGUGCAGUUUGUCUUGUAUGUUGUGUGUUGGUGUUCAAAGAAUACAAUCUGCGUUGUCACUACGAAAGCCGACACAAAGAGUAUGCUAGUUUGCAAGGGCAACCAAGAGAAGACCGGAUUCAGAGGAUGAAGAGGUGGUGUCCCGACAAGAAGGAUGCGCUCAACGCGGUGAGUCUUUCCGCAAUACUAUGACCAGGCGAACCGAAGAUUUGGGGGGCAAUGUAUAUGACCAGCUGCAUGGGAAAGCGUCAGAAUUUGAGUUUUUUGCUUUCACUAAAAAGUCUCAAAGGAACAACGACAGGAGAGGAUAUUUUUGUCCAAGUUUGCAAAACGAUGGAUGACUUCGAUCUACACUGGUCUAAAUUGGCCAGCAUCACCACUGAUGGCGCACCUAGCAUGGUUGGUACAACGAGGGGGCUAGUUGGGCGCUUGAGCCGCGAAUUCAAGGAACGAGGUCUCACCCCCCCACUACAAGUCCACUGUCUAAUUCACCAGCAAGCACUAUGCUGCAAAGUUCUGAGGUGGGCGUCUGUCAUGAAGGUGGUUGUGCACUGUGUCAACUACAUCCGGAAAAAUGUGCUGAAACACAGACUCAAGCUCGGAGAGAAAGGCCUGGAACUGUCUGCUUACUGAGAUGUUCUGUACUACGCAGAAAUCCGAUGGUUAAGUCGAGGCAGAGUGUUGCGCCGUUUCUACGACCUGCUACCUGAAAUCAACACCUUCCUCCAGUCUAAAGGUGAAAUGGUACAAGAGCUGACCGAUCCAGAAUGGAAAUGGCACCUCACAUUUUUAACUGAUGUGACUGAAAUGCUGAACCACCUUAACGUGCAGCUCCAAGGCAAAGGGAAGCUAAUUAGUGACGUAUUCCCACAUCAAAGCAUUCAAGGUCAAACUAGUGCUACUUGUGCAACAGGUCCAAAAGCUGGACUUCACGCAUCUCCCUGCCACCCAAAGCUACUGCGCUGAGAAACCAGCUUUCCCGUUACCAGUCGAAAAGUGCAAGGAUGCGCUGGAAAUGCUGCAGCGAGAGUUCAGAGCAUGUUUCUGCGAGCUUCAUGUCAACGGUUAAGGAAUACGCUUGUUCCAGAACCCUUUUGCUGCCAACAUAAAUGAUGCCCUUCCUUCUCUUCAGUUUGAACUAUCAGAGUUGCAGAAUUGUGAUAUCCUUAAAGACGCAUUCAAGCCUGACCGUCUUAUUGAGUUCUAUGCAGCGCUUCCUGAGGAAAACUACCCAAACAACAAACAACAUGCUAUGAAGAUGUCCACGGUUUUUGGCAGCACCUACAUCUGUGAGCAAACCUUUUCUUGUAUGAAGCAAACCAAGAAUCCAACAAGGAGCAAACUCACAGAUGAACACUUGCAUCAGACCUUGAGACUGGCUACCACUAGACUGCAACCAGACAUUGAACUUCUCACCAGCCAGAAGCAAGCACACAGCUCACACUGAUAAGGUAAGCGCACUGAUUUUGACAAUUACUGAUUUUAAUUUUGAUAAAUAAUACAUUUGAAAUAUGACUGCUAUUUUAAUUUGCUACAUAUUUUGUAAAAUUAUGUCACAGAGAAAAACAGACAGCAAUAUGUCUUGUCAUUUACUGAAUAUGGUGCUUCUUGUGUUCAAUCUGUCAUCCCUCCUUGCCAGGGCUCCAGAAGGCACCCUGGAGUGAGGAGAGGAGACUGCUGUUGCUGACCCCUUUCCAAAGACAGCACAAUUCAUCAACAAGUACAAAUCCAGCUCACCUAUACUACUGAUUUUUAUUCCCGUUGUUCUGUAUUAUUGUUGUGCUUUAGUUUUGACUUGUAAAUGGCCUACUGCUCAUUUCAUUUUCACUUUGACCUAAAAAAAUGUUUACUGAACAUAUUCACCUGGAUAGGCAUAAGAGCUGGCUAGUUGCUCUGUCACCCAUAUUGUCAUGAUUUCACUGUUUUGUGUAUUUAUUUUAUAGGCCUCUUUAUUUGACCUUUAUUAAGUGCUGUACACAAUUAUUAUUAAUAUUAUUAAUAAUAUCAACAGGCCUACCUACAAUUUAUCAUAUUUCACUCAACUCUGCCAGUGUCAAUCACCUCAACUAGGCAGAUGUGUCUUACCUUUGAUGUUAUUUUAUAUUAGAAAAUAAAUAAAUGGAAUAUCUGUGGUAUUUCAAAUUAAAACAAUGUGUGAAGACUUGAUUAAUACUUUUGCAAACCACUAGUAAAGAUAAACAAAUAUGUGCCAGGAAUCAAGUGUUGAUAUAGUAGUGUGGAUGGCUGUGCCAGGCUAGUAAUCUUUACUACACAAUGAGGCCUGCUGAUGAUGAUUUUUGUCUGGGUCAUACAAUUCUAUGUUAGCUGACCCGAUCCCGGCCCCCCAUCACAGUCAAGAACGACAUUGUGGCCCCCAGAGAAAAAAGUUUGGUGACCCCUGGUUUACACUAUAUUCACUUUGCUUGGUACAUUAGAACAGAAGACUAAAUGCAUGUCCCCUGCAGUUGCCAUACCCAAGUUAUUUCUUCCGUACAGUUCACGUUGAUACGCAAGAAUUUUGCACAUUUUCAAGCAAUUCUUAUCACAUUAGUUAUAAUCUUGUUAUAUGUGCAACCAUUUUAUGUCAACAUUAAACCUAAUCCAAAAGACCAGUAUUGUAAGUCAUGAUGCCCAAAUUUAACUUUUAAAAUGAGGCAAGGUUAAACCCUCUUUUUUUAUGUGGGAGCAGAGAACUUUGAGUCUUACUCAAAUUCUGAAAACUCAUGUCCAAGAAUUUGAAUAGAGACACAAAACAGCCAUAGGAAU